CUGGGGUCCCGGUAAAUACGUCCACCGCUUAUGUAAAUGAACUCUUCGGUUCAUAACGCGCGCUAUUUACAACCAUGAUCGAUAACUAUCAGAGCAUCGAAAGCCCCUUUUUCCGUGCCGGAGAUGAGUCCCCGGACAACACGACACUGUCGACAUAAACUUCUUGUGUCGCAGGUCACCGUCGCACUAACCAUCGGCCUCGCCCUGGUCGAUCGAUCAAUCGCUGGCGUGAUACCGCUGGACAGCCACGAUCAUCAUGUCUCGGUGGCCAGCUCGUACAUGCAUUUCCAAGGGCCGGUACAGGGACCUGAAUACGAAGUGAAAGUACCGCACGUACCUGUGGACCAUCUCGGUGAGCACAACUAUCUGCAGACCCACCACGAGCACCGCCAUCACGACGGUUACACGGUCGACUACGUGGGGAAGCCGAAGUACGAGUUCUCGUACGGCGUCGAGGAUCAUCAUACCGGCGACUUUCACGGCCAGAAGGAGUCCAGCGAUGGUGAGUGA